UAUUUCCACCCCGAAUUGCACCUACUACGCAAAUGUGUGAGCGACCCUGGAAGAAGUGAGACAGGAAAUAUAAGCGAAAAACAACACACAACAAAGCUCCAGCGGUGGUGCAAAAGCAGCAGCACAGCAGGGGCAUUAGCACCAGAAGAGCGCUGAGGAUGCUGUGUGUACAAAGAAAAUUCCGUCACAGAGUCAACCCUCUGUCUGCUGGUGAGGCUGUGUUGUGGCUUGGUGCUGUUCGGUUGACAUUAAAACAGUUUCGAUCCGUGGGAGUUGUGUUGUGAGUGGUGGUUGAAUGGCACAAAUUCCAACGCAUACCACCAGCACCAAUCUAUCGGCCCGCCACCAGAAAACGAUAUGGAAGUGUUCGACAAGUGCAUGUGCAGUUUCGCCAUUGAACAAAGCAAAGGCGUAAGGUGUGAGUGAAUUUAAAUUGGUGUGUGCUCGGUAGGUCCACCCCCGGGGGUGUUGCUUCUUGGUGGAGUGAUUGGUGCAAGGUAGUGAAAACUGUUCGAAAUCGCAAAACCCCCGUUUGGCAUACACUCGUGGUGAUGUGAGCGUAUGAUUGAGCAAAUUGCCUUCGGAGAGAUCUUUGUCUGUUGUUGCUGAUAGAAGAAACGCCCGCACAGCAUCCGACACCGCAAAGGGUACCUCUCCAAUACCGGAUAGCCGACGAACCGUGCAGUGUGGGAGUUUAGCGUGAUUUAGCGUACGGGUAGCCAAGAACACCACACACGGACGGCCGGUUUCGCGUGCGUGCGUGUGCACGAAAACAGCAAGCAGCAACCAGCGUUGCAGUUCAGAUCGCAGCGAUGAGUACGGAACAUCCGGCAGCGAGUGAGCUGCUGGCCAAUGCUACCGCUGCCACGGUCGCCGCCGUUAGCAGCAGCACGGCCAAGGCGAACAUAGCGGUGCGCGUGACGGAGGCCCCAGCCUCGGCACUGGCGAUCGAUCCCAUUAUCAACCAUGUCGGUGACGGCAUUUUCCUGCAGGCCAAGACGGCCCAAAUCUUUGCCGGCAUCUGCGUCUGGAUGGCACUGUUCAUCACUUGCCAGCAGAUCUAUCAACACCUUCGAUGGUACACGAACCCACAGGAACAACGAUGGAUCGUCCGAAUACUGUUCAUCGUACCGAUCUACGCCACCUACUCCUGGGUCAGCUUACUGUUCUUCAACUCGGAAAGCGUCUAUGUAUACUUCUUUACCGUACGCGAUUGCUACGAAGCGUUCGUAAUCUACAACUUCCUGUCGCUGUGCUACGAGUACCUGGGUGGCGAAGGCAACAUCAUGUCGGAGAUCCGUGGCAAACCGAUCAAAUCGUCCUGCCUGUACGGGACGUGCUGCCUCGCCGGCAAGACGUACACGAUCGGAUUCUUGCGUUUCUGCAAACAGGCCACGCUGCAGUUCUGUCUGGUUAAGCCGCUGAUGGCGUUCAUUAUCAUCUUCCUGCAGGCAUUCAAUCACUAUCACGACGGUGACUGGAGUGCUGAUGGAGGCUACAUUUACAUUACCGUCAUCUACAACAUCUCGGUUUCGCUGGCCCUGUACGGCCUUUACCUUUUCUACUUUGCCACCCGCGACCUGCUGACGCCCUUCGAUCCGGUGCUGAAGUUCUGCACCGUUAAAUCCGUAAUCUUCCUGUCCUUCUGGCAAGGUGUUGGGCUAGCUAUUCUGGAAAAGGCGGAGGUCAUCUCACCGAUUGUUGACGCGGGUGGUUCCACCACGUCCGCUGGUACGGUAUCUGCCGGUUAUCAGAACUUUUUCAUCUGCAUCGAAAUGUUGUUCGCUGCCAUCGCGCUGCGGUAUGCUUUCCCGUACCAGGUGUACGCCCAAAGCUGCAUGACCGAUGCACACGGCCGAUCUGUCACGAUGCAAUCAAUUUCGAGCAGUUUAAAGGAAACGAUGAACCCGAAAGAUAUUAUGACCGAUGCGAUACACAACUUCCAUCCGCAGUACCAACAGUACACUCAGUACAGCUCAGGUGGCAAAAACCCGCGAGGCAUCCGUGUGUCCUCGUACGAUCCGGACGAUCCGAGCCAUCAGCUAACGGGUCAGAGCCACGGUGUGGGCAGCGGUGCAGCGACGACGGGAUCGUACAACGGCAAUGGAGCUGGUGGUGGGGCCGGCGGAGCACACGGCGGAAGCUACAUUGCCCCACCGACGCUUGGCAGCCAGCGAAAGUUUAUGCCCGGCGCAGGCGUCGUACCGCAGAAGGUGUCGACUAUCAGCCAAAACUACAAUGAGAAAACGAUGCUACUGUCCAGUGAUGAUGAGUAUCAGUAAGGCAGCGGAGUAGUAGUAGUAGUGCCCACAGUAGAGCAAUGGGAUACUAAGAGUAGUCGAACCUCCCCCCCCCCCUCUUUGAACAACCGUUCCGUUGGCUUGGUUCUUCACGGUAAGCUUGGUUUGUUGUGUAAGCUUUCGAUUCUAUUCCGUGUGUUUCCGGGGGUAGGGAAGCCGUUUUAAAUAUUUUGUGUGUUUCCGAUGAUGAAGAUGAUGAUGCUGUGAACGCAUGAUGCAAUCGCGUUACUCGUCUUGAGCCCUUCCUAGCAUGCACAUUCUUUCUCUUCUCUUGUUCGUAAUUUGUAACCAUUUCUCCACCUGUAAAUGGAAACCCGCAGCUCUGAGCAAAAGCAAAUCAAUUACACGCUUGCACUAAAUAGUGCGUUCAAAUCGAAGAAGAAAAACAAAACCAAAACGGUACUGAAACACACACCCGGAAAAUUGCAAAAUGUCUCGCAGUUACAACCAUAUAUGUGUGUGUCUAGAAAAUGACUAGAUGGCUACAAUAUUACUACACAGAUGAGCAGAGGGUAGAACGAGAAUUACAGUACAAUAAUCCUGCCAUGACGCUACAGAACAAAUGGAACACAAAAUGUACUUUACACCCAACACAACUCAAAAGCCACUCACGCCACGCAAAGGGAAGGAUGGGUGACUACUCCACUGCUAACGAUUCCGUCACUGUGGCAUUCAUCAUGGUAAUUAAUAUGGUGUAUUGAUAGUGCGUGGUGUGUCUGCCGAAGAGAUUGAGCCAGCCGCCGAGAACCAGCAAAGAGGUCAAUACAAGGUUUCUCAGGCCUGUUCAACCUUGUAAAAUCUCAACUCGGCAAUUGAGAAUUCCUAAUAGUUUUAAUAUUAACUAUUAUUUUUUAAUUUUUAAUCGUUAACUCCAUUACUUUAUAUAAUUUUCAUAUUAACACGUCAAUAAACGUUUAAAGCAAAGAAUGUUAAAUUUUUAAUUUUUAUGUUGCAAUAUUUUUAAGCUUUUCUGCUACGUUGUUGAACUGGCCUGAGCAACCCUGUAUCUCUUUCGUCAAAUCAUCGUUUUGUUUGUUUUCUGUAUUAAAAGAAAGUCAUCCAGAUCCAAAGUUUCUAUCUGAGAGGCAGAGAGUCAGAUGGAAAGAGAGAGAGAGAGAGAGAGAGAGAGAGAGAGAGAGAGAGAGAGAGAGAAAGAUAGUUUAAAGAGGGCAGCUUUAAAGUUUGAAGCGGACAAACAAGUCGCUCGCAAUGCCAUCAGAUUUGGCGAUCUAAUCGAUGUUUAUGUGGUCCUUUUUCAACGCUCUGACACAGCAAAAGGAUAGACAGAAAAGCUCUCAUCAUCUCAAGCACACACACACAUUUAAAUAUAUCUUCGACACCGCGCGCAUAUGGCACGUAUGCCGCGAGAAAAGCACGUUGUGUGCAAUAUUGUUGUUAACAUAUACAAACUACUACACGUCUAGUGGGAAGUACAAGUACAAGGAACGGCUAACGUUUUUGAUUCCCUCAUCGGAAGGAUUGGGCGGUAAUGAUGCACAUACCACACUUUUAAAAGGAAGCAACAGACAACAUACUGAACAGGCGAGUAACAUACUGAACAGGUACUGGUACUAGAGAGAAAGGGGUCUAGUUAGUGUGCUUUAUAAUAUAUAUAUACAUUAUAUAUAUAUACAGUAUGCCAAAACGACAGGAAACAAGAGAAUAAAUAGAGAAGCUGCUGUUUCCCAGUUCGCGCCGAGUCAAUCUUCGCAUAGGUCGAAACUUGGGUGGUUUUUAGCAUAAUUCAUGGUGGUUGUUUCCUUGUCCUUUUUUUAUUACAGUAUUUUUGGGAUAAUAUUACAAAUGCUGUCCAGUUUAUCAAAACGUUGUAACAUUUGUUCUUAUCUUUUAAGUCGUUAGACGCAAGUGAUCUUAACCUUAUGGAUGGUCCCAAUUUCCAGGAUUGAAAUGCCUUCUCAAGAGCUUCUGCUGUCAAAUCUUGAAUUCACUGUAAGCUUCUAGUGACAUCCGUAGGUUCCCGUUUAUGAGCAAAUAAUCACCACGAAUUAAGUUAAAGCGCCCGUAACUCGACUAAAAAGAGCAAGUAUUGCUGGUUACACAAAAUUAUAUAUAGGGAAAUGAAAGCGAAAUGAAGCAUUUAAAAUAAAAACAAAAAGCAGCAGCGGACAGAAACCCCACAGUAGUAGCUGCGGGAAUGAUAGAGAGAAUUUAUCUGGGGAAGCAAGUAUAUGUAGUAACAAAGAUGGCGGCCAUGGUGAGUCUAACCUAGCAUAUACGUACGUGUUGAUCGUACAAAAUGGGGAAAAGGAUCCACUCACGCGUACACACACACACACUCCCUAUAUACAUGUAUUCUUGAUUCUUGAACAAGCAAACCCUAUAUAAUGUGGCCAGAAGCGGUUCAUAAAGCAAAGACAUGCAUUACAUACAUUUAUAAAUCAGAGCAGAGCAGAGCAGAUCGGCGGAGAGAUCGCAAUGGAAGGCGAUGAAUGGGCGCUACAGCUAGAGUAAAGGCGUGUUGCGAAUAAGCACCACCCAACCCUCGGGCUCUAUGCUACGCUGGUGGGUUCAAGGUAUAAAACGUGAGUAAUAAAGGGAGGAAAAUUUAUUGAAA